GCGCCUUAAAGUAUUAAGUUUGUUUAAAUUAAGGAAAUGUUUAGCCCUUAACGAUAAAUUUUUCACAAAUUCUUAACUUAGGUAAUGAAUAAAUGAAAGUUGUACGUAUUACACGACGGAAAUUCAUGAUCGAAGAGUAUUGAAAUAUAAAUUUUAAAUUAAUAAAAUGACAGAGUUUGGGAAAAAACUAAUAAGUAGUAAAGACGUGCAGAAACGUUGUAACGAAUGGGUAGAAUCGCAAAAAGAUUUCACGUACACGGACGAGACACAAUGUAAAAGAAAGCAAAUAGAUGACGAUGAUAGUUAUAAUACUGAUUCUGAAUUUGAUUCCGUGUCAGAGUGCGGAACGAAGAGAAGAGUUGGUUUCCCGCUGAAACGUGAAGUUUUUCAUUUGUCCUGCGAAUGGUCCGGCUGCAAACACGAAACCAAUCACGUUGAGAGAUUCGUAAAUCACGUGGCUUCACAUGUGUCUGAUUUAAAUACGCGGACCAAUGAGAAAGAAGUCAGUGUUUAUAUAUGCCAGUGGACUGAUUGUUUGUACGAGAGUGACGAACCCGACGAGAUCUCUAGACACGUUAAUUUACAUGCCUAUCACACUAAAUUAAAAUGUAUUGGAUCAAAUAUUCGGUCUAGAAUUAAAUUACCUAAAUGUCAUAGGGACUCCGAAUGGAAAAAUGUUGUGGAUCUUCCAGCACCACUUCUUUGCCGUUGGGAGGAAUGUUUGAAAUACUUUAGGAAUUAUCAAUUAUAUUUAUAUCAUGUAGCUGCUCAUAUUGAGGAAGGUCCAAGGGGUAAUAAAAUUGAAGGAGGUGUAAAAUGUAAAUGGACAGGUUGUGAUAACUCUUACCCUAAUUUGUACAAAUUGAGGAAUCAUAUACGACAUCAUACAAAGGAAAAGAUUGUUGCUUGUCCUGAUUGUGGUGCUACAUUUGCUUCCAAUACAAAAUUUCAUAUACAUUGCAAACGACAGAUUCCAAUUGAUGUUCAAGGAUUCCAAUGCUCCCAUUGCAAUAAAUUUUAUCCAACUGAGGGAAUUUUGAAGGAUCAUAUGCGAAUGCAUGUUUUUAAUUACAAAUGCACUCUUUGUGAUAUGAGUUGUGAAUCACCUGCCAAUUUAGCUAAACAUGUUAGAUAUCGGCAUGUUUCUACUAGAAGCUUUCCUUGUCAACUUUGCAACCAUGCUGCCAAAUCUCAACAGGAUCUAGAUACACACAUGACAGUUCAUACAAAGGGACCUAAUUUUUCAUGUCAUUUUGAAGGAUGCCAAUAUAAAUGCAAAGGCGCAUACACUCUUGAUAGGCAUAUAGAACGAGUUCAUACUAUGCAAGUGAGAUGGUAUUGCUGUCAUGAAUGCCCUGUAAAAUAUAGAAAAAGUUAUAGAUUAACGAAACAUUUAAUUGAAACACAUCAAUUGCAAUUACCCAGUGGUCAUACAAGAUUUCAAUAUAGCCAUGAUGAAGAUGGAUGUUAUAGAUUACAAAUGGUCAGAUAUGAAGCAGUUGAAGAAGAAACAAAUCCUUCUAUCAAUCAGUCAAAGUUGCAAAAUAGAAAAUUCAAAAUAAAAUUAAAUAAAGAUGCCAGUGUGCCUAAAAUUGAAGUUUUUGAAGAUUCAAAUGAGAACGAAGAAGAUGAAGAUAAUGAAGAGCAAGGAAAGUCAGGAGAUGACGAAGGAAAAUCUAUGCCAGUAAUACCAAAUAUUUUGAUAACAAUUGAUGAAACUGAUGCCGAGGGAAAUAUAAUUAGUAGUAGUGUUGUGGAAGCGCAAGAAACUGAAGAAUUACCACCUACUGAAGGAGAUCCGUUAAUUUUAACGACUAACUCUAUGAACUAAGAAGAUAAUUGAAGAUCAAAACAGGCUUCAUCGUCUAUUUCUAAUGAAUCAGGUGUAUUUGUAGCUUCAAUUAAUUCUCCAUCAAAAUACAGUUUAAUUUUUGAUUCUUCAAC